AUUUAUCUUGGAACAUAGUGUCAUUUCAAAAUGGAGCUCCAACUGUUUCGUCUCCAUCAGGCUUGAUUACGAUAGGCCCUGUGAAGGCGGGGCGGGUGCACCAGGCAAGGGCAUUCCUUAUUCACCAACUAAUCACUGUUCACCUUUGUGGGUUAUUUGCACAUCUAUUCUUAACGAGUAAUUUUAUAAUCAUUAACUUGAGAAAUAGUUUCUUCAGCUCAAAAUUAUUUUCACAAGCUCAAUGGAUGCUGGAAGUUCUCAGACUUUUUCUCCUGAAAACAAACAGAAUUGUUAUGCAGAUGCAUUGGACUAUAAGAGGUCAAUUACUCACAAGGAGUCACAAAAGUCUUUUGCAUCAGUCAUUGUAAAAGAUAACAAGCCAAUUGAUUACUUAGGUGUUUUAGUUGAUGGUCUUAUAGCUGGAGGGAUUGCUGGUGUUGUCGCUGAUGCAGCUUUAUACCCAAUUGAUACAAUAAAAACUCGAAUGCAGGCUGCUCAUGGAGGAGGGAAAAUUAUGUUGAAGGGGCUUUAUUCUGGAAUAGCUGGAAAUCUUGCUGGUUCCUUACCGGCUUCUGCCAUAUUUGUUGGUGUUUAUGAACCUGUGAAACAGAAAUUGCUAAAAGAAUUGCCUGAAAACCUCAGCGCUUGUGCUCAGCUGACUGCAGGUGCCAUCGGAGGUGCCGUUUCUUCACUUGUUCGUGUGCCAACAGAGGUCGUUAAGCAGCGGAUGCAAACUGGGCAAUUUACUUCAGCCACCAAUGCUGUCCGCGUUAUUGUUGCGAAAGAGGGUUUUAAAGGUCUCUAUGCGGGAUAUGGGUCAUUCUUACUACGAGAUUUGCCUUUUGAUGCUGUCCAGUUCUGCAUCUAUGAGCAAAUCCUAGUAGCGUAUAAGCUAGCGGCAAAAAGAGAUCUGAAAGAUACUGAGAUUGCUCUAGUCGGUGCUUUUGCUGGUGCGAUAACUGGAGCAUUAACUACUCCCCUUGAUGUGGUAAAAACUAGAUUGAUGGUUCAGGGACCAGGAUACCAGUACAAAGGGAUUUUGGAUUGUGCGAGGACUGUUGCAAGGCAAGAGGGAGUUCAUGCUCUUCUCAAGGGUAUUGGACCGAGGGUCUUAUGGAUAGGUUUUGGAGGGUCAAUCUUCUUUGGGGUACUUGAGAAGACAAAACAUAUGCUUGCUCAAAGAUCCCCAGAUUCUACAGUGAAGCCUGCCUCUUUCAAACAACACUAAUUUCUACCUGCUACCAUUAGUGAUCAUUAUUUAAUAUAGCUCAAUUUUUAGAAUAGGAAUAGAAUUCUUUUUCUAUAUUUGUUGGAUGCAUUCAUUUUUCCAUCUAUAUUUUUUUCAGAAAAAUAAAAAAACUCCCUCCGUUCUAAAAUAA